AUGGAGGAGAUUGACAAGAUCGACAGCCAAUCAGGACGCAGAACUCAGUACUUUGAGACCUGGGAGCCUCAUCACAUCCCCGUCCUGUUCUCUGUGUUCUGCGGCCUCUUGGUGGCGCUGUCGUACCACCUGAGCCGGCAGAGCAGCGACCCGUCUGUGCUCAUCUCGCUCAUUCAGUCCAAGGUCCUACCAAACCUGAAGGACAAGAACCCGGAGGACCCGCUGUCGGAGGUGCAGGACCCUCUGCCGGAGAAGCUCCGGGCCUCCGUGAACGAGCGGCUGCAGUCGGACCUGAUCGUCUGCGUGGUCAUCGCCGUGCUGUACUUCGCCAUCCACGUCAGCACCGUGUUCAUCGCCCUGCAGCCUUUCCUCAGCUACGUCCUGUACGCCCUGCUGGGCGCCGUGGGGCUGCUGACCCACUACCUGCUGCCCCAGGUCCGGAAGCAGCUGCCCUGGUUCUGCUUCUCCCACCCGCUGCUCAAAACCAAGGAGUACUACCAGUUUGAGGUCCGGGACGCCGCUCAUGUCAUGUGGUUCGAGAAGCUUCACGUGUGGCUGCUCUUCGUGGAGAAGAACAUCCUCUACCCGCUGGUCAUCCUGAACGAGCUGAGCGGCAGCGCCAGAGAGCUCGCCAGCCCGAAGAAGCUGGACACCGAGUGAGUGAGCCUCCAGAAUC